AUGUUUAAAGAGGUGUCAGGUGACGCCCAGAGUGUGGAAGUGUACGGGGAAUGGCGAGGAAGGCCGACUAGUUCCACCCCAUGUGUUGGAAACCUUAGUGACCUUAGUGGGGCACAAGGUGUCACCUUACUAGCAGCGGUGGAGGCUGUAACUGGCGGUGACGCUGACGGAGGCGACGACGGAACUGGUAGUGUCAACAACGGAGGGAAAGUCAAGAAGCCAGGUGGCGCCCACGCUAACUAUAGCCAGGCGGCGCCCACGCUAGUUAGCCAGGCGGUGCCCACGCUAACUAGCCAGGCGGUGCCCACGCUAACUAGCCAGGCGGUGCCCACGCUAACUAGCCAGGCGGUGCCCACGCUAACUAGCCAGGCGGUGCCCACGUUAACUAGCCAGGCGGCGCCCACGCUAACUAGCCAGGCGGUGCCCACGCUAACUAGCCAGGCGGCGCCCACGCUAACUAGCCAGGCGGUGCCCACGCUAACUAGCCAGGCGGCGCCCACGCUAACUAGCCAGGCGGCGCCCACGCUAACUAGCCAGGCGGCGCCCACGCUAACUAGCCAGGCGGUGCCCACGCUAACUAGCCAGGCGGUGCCCACGCUAACUAGCCAGGCGGUGCCCACGCUAACUAGCCAGGCGGUGCCCACGCUAACUAGCCAGGCGGUGCCCACGCUAACUAGCCAGGCGGCGCCCACGCUAACUAGCCAGGCGGCGCCCACGCUAACUAGCCAGGCGGCGCCCACGCUAACUAGCCAGGCGGUGCCCACGCUAACUAGCCAGGCGGUGCCCACGCUAACUAGCCAGGCGGUGCCCACGCUAACUAGCCAGGCGGUGCCCACGCUAACUAGCCAGGCGGCGCCCACGCUAACUAGCCAGGCGGCGCCCACGCUAACUAGCCAGGCGGCGCCCACGCUAGUUAGCCAGGCGGUGCCCACGCUAACUAGCCAGGCGGCGCCCACGCUAACUAGCCAGGCGGCGCCCACGCUGACUAGCCAGGCGGUGCCCACGCUAACUAGCCAGGCGGCGCCCACGCUAACUAGCCAGGCGGCGCCCACGCUGACUAGCCAGGCGGCGCCCACGCUAACUAGCCAGGCGGCGCCCACGCUGACUAGCCAGGCGGCGCCCACGCUAACUAGCCAGGCGGCGCCCACGCUGACUAGCCAGGCGGUGCCCACGCUAACUAGCCAGGCGGCGCCCACGCUAACUAGCCAGGCGGUGCCCACGCUGACUAGCCAGGCGGUGCCCACGCUAACUAGCCAGGCGGCGCCCACGCUAACUAGCCAGGCGGCGCCCACGCUAACUAGCCAGGCGGCGCCCACGCUAACUAGCCAGGCGGCGCCCACGCUAACUAGCCAGGCGGCGCCCACGCUAACUAGCCAGGCGGCGCCCACGCUAACUAGCCAGGCGGCGCCCACGCUAACUAGCCAGGCGGCGCCCACGCUGACUGUCCAGGAGGUAGUGACGGCAGGUCAAGGGUGGAGUAUAAUACAUUCCAUCCGUCAGGGGGCCGCAGGAACACUCUCCUCCAAAACAAACUCGCCCCGCCCUUAUACGCAUAAAACUGGGUCGCCCAUCAGACAGCAACACGAGAUGGUGGGGGAGGGGCUGAGCGAGGAGUGA